AUUGCGUGCCUAACAAAGCCACUUUGUCUUUAUUUAUGACCAAAGCUACGUAUCACACGUUCCGUUUAUCACAGUGAAUAGACUAAUCAAUUAAACUAAAAAUUAGUACAUCUACAGCGAGCAGUUCGCAUCAUUGGUGCAGUUAUCAGAUAAACAAAGCGUACUUAUAGUACAGUUGGUGUUCAGUUCAUACUUUAGCGGAAAAUAGAUUGUUGUUGUGUUGUGCCAUUCAUCGGAAAGUUAAUAUGUUGGCUCUUAAAACGAUUCUGAUUGGAUUGGUUUGGCCGGCUUUUGUUUUUUCCAGUGAGACAAGGCCAAACAUUGUGCUUAUUAUUGCUGACGAUUUAGGCUUCAAUGACGUGGGUUUUCAUGGGUCGGGUGAAAUUCCCACCCCCAAUAUCGAUGCACUGGCCUAUUCGGGCCUGAUCCUGGAUAACUAUUAUGUUACCCCAAUCUGCACCCCAUCCAGAAGUGCCCUAAUGACAGGAAAAUACCCCAUCCAUACAGGAAUGCAACAUGCGGUGUUAUAUGGGGCUGAACCGAGAGGAUUGCCAUUAACCGAGAAAAUUCUGCCCCAGUAUCUAGAAGAACUGGGCUACGUCAAUCAUAUCGUUGGAAAGUGGCAUUUGGGCAGCUGGAAGAAGGAAUACACGCCACUGUAUAGAGGAUUCAUCUCACAUCUGGGCUACUGGACGGGACAUCAAGACUACUUUGAUCACACAGCGGUGGAAAAUCCUGGCUGGGGCCUGGAUAUGCGAAGAAACAUGUCCAUAGCUUACGACUUGCACGGGCAAUAUUCCACAGAUCUUUUCACGGAAGAGUCAGUCAGAUUGAUCAAUGAGCACAACACAGAGAAGCCUUUGUUUCUGUAUUUGGCACAUGCAGCAGUCCAUUCUGGAAAUCCCUACGAACCUUUAAGAGCGCCUGAUGACGAAGUGGAUAAAUUUGAAUAUAUCCAGGAGUCGCAAAGGCAAAGGUUUGCAGCAAUGCUCAGUAAACUGGACCAAUCAGUUGGGGCAGUUGUGAAGGCUCUGAAAAACAGGAACAUGUUGGAAAACAGCAUUGUGAUAUUCACGAGUGACAACGGAGGUCCGGCCGCAGGUUUUAAUCUAAAUGCUGCCUCCAACUAUCCAUUGAAAGGAGUUAAGAACACUCUAUGGGAAGGUGGCAUUAAGGGGGCUGGUUUGGUUUGGAGUCCCUUAAUUAAAAAACCGGCCAGAGUGGCAACUCAGUUGAUGCAGAUUGCUGAUUGGCUCCCCACCCUUUUGGAAGCAGCUGGGGGAAACCGUGGCAAUGAGUCCGACUGGGAUGGGCAAAGUAUAUGGACAGCGCUAUCGGAAGACAUUGAGUCUCCUAGAACGGAAGUUCUGCACAACAUCGACGAUAUUUAUGGAAAUGCUGCGCUGACGGUGAAUAACUGGAAAAUCAUUCAAGGUACGACAUAUAAUGGACAAUGGGACAACUGGUACGGGCCUUCAGGCAGGGAUGCUCAAUAUAACAUUAGCCUGGUCCAGAACAGUCCUACAGGAAAGGCUCUGCAAGAAAUCAAUGCUUCAACAUCAGCAGAAGUGAUUAAAUCGCUGAGAAAUGCUGCUACGAUUGAUUGCAAGAAUGUGAGCCAGAUUGAAUGCAAUCCAGUAGAUGCGCCCUGUUUAUUCAACAUUGCCAGCGAUCCUUGUGAAUAUGCUAAUCUAGCUACUGAUUAUCCACUUAUAUUACAACAAUUGCAAAAGAAACUGCAGCAGUAUAAUGCGACAGCAAUACCACCUAGAAAUCUUCCACUGGAUGAAAGGGGAAACCCAAAAUAUUGGAAUUAUGUGUUUACUAAUUUUGGAGACUACGAAACUCCUUUAGUUGUUGUAAACUAGUGUUGUUAGCUGUUAAUUGCCAAUAAAAGAACAAUAUCUGGGACGAGUUCUCACCCAUUCUUAAGUUCAUAAUAAACUAAUAACAUCCGAAACAUGUUAAAAAAAUUUA